AUGGAGUGCCUGAACUACGACACGAUUCCCUUUGCCGACAUCAUGUGUCAGAUGAACGACAUGAUCUCUCCGGAGUUCGAGGGGCACUUCAGGCUGACGGACUUCAAGAAGAAGCGCAAGUUCGCAGGCAUCUUCUUCUCGCUCUUCUCGUCCCUGAACAAGUUCCUGGCCUUCGAGCACCGGGAUCCGUUCUUGGCGAACGCGGGCAGGAGCAGAUGGACAACCCCAGCUUCAACGAUUGGGACCGACCGGUGGUGCGCCGACGAGUACCUACGGCUUGCCAUGGAGGAGAACGAGGAGCCCGAGGAGGACGGACGCGGGCCGCAACAGCGGCGACGACAGCUGACCCGGGCCCGCCCGCGAGAAAAAGAGGGAGAGAGGGAUGGAGGUCUGCAGUCAUGGGGGAUGGGGGGCGUCGCUGGAGCUGGCAGUGCGCGCGCCUCGCCGGGCCCUCUCAGUGAGAACGCCCGCGCGCCCGGGGGCUCGUAUAUCCCACCUCCACUCACCCCUGUUGCGUCCUGCUGUGACUUAUCACUGUCACUGUCUGCUCUCCUCCGCUCCGCUGCGAAGCAGACGGUGGCGCGAGUAUUCGCGCAUCCGGUUUCGCGAGCGUCUGCAUGCCGCGCUCUCCCUGGGAGGUGGGAAUAUGUGGAACCGUCGCGCACAGAGUAA